AAUUCUUUAUUUUUCCUAGAGGCAUUUUUCUUCUCUUUAAAGAGACCACUCUUGCUAAAUGAAAUCCAUGUUUUUAAUCCCACGAAGUAACCCCGAGCCAUGAACGAAGUGCUUCUUUGGCGACACUCGAUCUGAGAGAUACCAGCGAGCUGCAAUCCGAAUCCAUAGCGACGAAGUGUGUGUCCACAAAGUAAGCGGGGGGAAAAAGCAACAAGAAAAUAGUAAAAAAAAAAAAAAGUAAGAGGUAAGAAUAUUUUAAUUGUAGUCGGUAUUUUAAAUUUCUUUAAUAUCAUUGGAUAUUGAAUAUAUAAAUCUACAUUAGAGAUAAAAUAUUAAAGUGAUGUGAAAAUAUGAGAUAAAUUAUUUACAAUUUAGAAAAAAAAAAAAGAAAGAAGAAGAAGCUGGUUUUCUUUUCCCUGAAUGCUUGCUCAUUUUCUCUUGGAUGUGUGUAUCGGUCAGACAUGGAUAAGGUUUCUCACCCUUGUAAUGAUCAUCUAUUAUUCAGGUCACAGUUUGCCCUCCUCUUUGUGUGUGUGUGUGUGUGUGUGUGAGACUGAAUUCUGAGCCUGUGCCGGACCUGGAUGCGAGGACGAUCUGCGUGAGCCCGAGUCCGAGCGCUUCAUGGCAGAAGAAGUAACAAGACGACGUCCUCUCAUUGCUGCCCGGGAGAGGGGACCCGGACCUGGGCACUACGCUCUCCCCCCAACCAUCGGCUACAUAAACCACGACUACACCAAGCCCAGCAGUCCGGCAUAUUCGUUCCACCGCCGCAUGAGCAGCAAAAUGCUGUUUGAGGAUUCCAGUCCUGGGCCUCGCUACCACGUGGAUGGCAAGAUCACUCGCUUUGGAAGAGAUGGAACUCCGUCAUACUCGAUGCUGGGUAGAAAGAAGGUCGGAGCGGAUACGUUCCAAACCCCUGGUCCAGGAUUUUAUAGUCCGGAGAAGGCGCCUCCUCUAAACUGGCAUCGCCGCCCACCAUCCUACACCAUGGGCCUCCGGACGCGCUACAGGGGCACGGACGCCGUACCUGCCCCCAACCGCUACACCCUACCCAAUCUGUUAGGCUCACGUAUUCCUAACAAGCCUUCUAGUGCCAGCUACUCCAUGUCCCGCCGAACAAAACCCGGGGCGCCCUCCGAAGACCUGGCAACAACUCCAGGGCCGGCUCACUACAACAGAACGGACCCAAGCAUCUACAUGAACAGGCAGCCAUCUUUCUCCAUCCAGAGCCGCCACAACAUCCCCAGUGAUGCCACUUGCAAGCCAGGACCGGGGACUCACUACCCGGAGAAAGUGAUGGCCCACCUGCCCAGGCCGCCGUCUUUCACCAUGGGGGUGCGGCAUUCUGAGUUUGUUACACCUUUAGUCAUCGACUUAACUGACUAAAAAAAGCUACUUACUGAAAUCUACAACUGCAUGUGACAUUGUUAUUUGUAUUUUUUUACAUGUAAAUUGUUUACAUCUUUUAAACUUUAGCUAAAACAUGAAACCAGCCGACUGUUCUUGUAAACUAUUGGCACCCUAUAACUAUAUAAUAUCUCAAACUUGCAUGCAUAAUUUUUUAAUGAAUAAGGGUAUUUAGGGGUACAAAUAAUUUUGCUGCAUAGAUAUUAUGAGAACUUUCUUCUUCUUAUUAUUAUAAUUAUUAUUAUUUUAUUAUUAUUACAUGUCUAAGCAAUAAAUAAUUAAAAUAAUAUUUAUCUAAAUAUUUUAUGAAUUUAUAAUUACAUAUUUUUUAAUUAAUUAUUUUUUUUCACCUUUGAGUGUAAAGUUAAUUGCGUGUAAUGUGUAGUGUAUAUAAGCAUUUCCUUUAAAGGGUGCCUAUACUUUUGGGGUUUGACUCUACAGCUUUCUGUUUUAUUUUUCGGCUUGAUUGACUGAUGAGUAAGUGGAGCAAAAUCUUUUUUUUUUUUUCAUUUCAUUUUAUUUAUUGUUAGAUUUGCCAAUUUGAUGAAACCUCAUGGUACUGUAGAUUUUUCAGGUUUGUUCGGGUUCAUUCAAAGUUAUGGCAUAAAAACAUCCUAAAUUACUUUGCUUUGUUGAUGUGUUUUGUCUCUUAGUAGCUUCUUGUUAGCUCUUGGGUAAAGUUAUGUUGACGGUAUCGCUCCACUCGCUGCUCUGACCGUGACCCAAGAGAUCCAUAACAGAUACACGGAUAUGAUACAUCCGUCCAGGCAUCA